AUGGAUCGGAUGCUCCAUCACGGACAUCAUGGCAACGAACAGGAGCAGAACGAUCAAAAUGAACAACAAGAGCAGCAGCCUGAGGUUCAGCCUCAGCAGGGUGCCCAACCCAAUCCACCGGUGAAGGAAGGCGAAAGGAAAAGUGUCGGGGACUACGUGGACGAAGAGCGGAAGCUACUGCAGGAGGGAGACACAUACGGUGGACUCAUGUAG